AUGCAGCUCAUCUCCGCGAUCCUUCGCGGCUUCCAAGCCAUUUUCGCGGUCAUCGUCCUCGGUAUCUCCGUCGACCUUGCGCGCGGUCAAGAAACGGCCCUCGAGUCCGUCCCCGCUGCAACGGGCUACGCAGCCUUUUGCGGUGCCUUCGGGACCCUCGCCGCAUUCAUUGGAGUCGCCUCGCUCUUCGUCUCGUCGCUGGAGGGAAUAGUCACCUGGGCUCUAGACGGCCUCUCGUCGUUGACGAUGCUCGCCGCGGGGAUUGCCUUCGCCGUCCUCCUCCGCGACGCCCCCUGCUCAAACCCCAGCGUGAUCGAACACAACAGUCUUCUGAACGGCGGCUGCAUGAAACAUGACGGAGACUUGUACUGUCGGUACACGGCACGAUCGGGGACUGGGAAAUUGAAAAGCCGCUGUGUCUCGGCCAAGGCUGAUAGCGCGUUUAUGUUUAUUACCUGUGUGACUUGCAUUGGGAUUGUUGCGUAUAGUUUCUUUGUUAGGGGACGCGGGGCGAAGGGGGUUAGUUAUGCUUGA